UUGUGAGGUCUAUUAAAGGAUGUGGGAAAUGUACUUAUGCUCAUGACAGUGGGGUUGGGGACAAGAGAAGAUCUGAGGUCAACAAGCUAAAUAAAGGUCCUAGCCUCUCUCGGGGCCAGGCACCCAGGAAGGUUAUGAAAAUACAGCCGACCACCUUCCACCCACCCUUGUGUGCAGGUCUCAGCCGUAGCUCCAAAAUAUAUCCUAUCUAGGGCCAGAAAAGCCGGUUGUUGAGCCUCCGGCAAGAGCCCAAACAGGAAACUCCCAGUGUGAAUCCAGGCAAGCGAGAGGUGAGCCAGCACAGGCCAAGAUAAGAAUCAUGGAGGCGGGACGAAGCAUCCUUCAAGCCGUGCGGUAGAGUUUACCAGGGGCUGGUGCUAUCUCCUCACAGGCCUCCCCGGAGGCUGCAGACGUCAUGGGCCUGGACCUUCUUAUCACAGCUUGAACAGGUGUUUUCUUUCCUCACCCUCCAAUGGAAGGACCUGAAUUUUGGUCCCUGCAUCUUGAGUAGUCUCUGCCCACAGCUCUUGGUGUAUCAAGCCAUGGUCCUGAGGUAGUGCAUCUAUUCGCCUCCCAGAGGAGCAGCUAUACAUCCAUCUUCGCGGACUGAAGAGAUAGGGCUCUCCUCCGUCUUGGCAGAAAUAUGCCAAAAAGAAAUAUGCCAGAAUGUUCUUCCUACCAUCCUAUGGCCAUAGCCUGGUCAUUCUGAGCAACUGGGAGUUGCAAACUGCUGACCCCAGUGACCACAGCCCUGACUGUAUUCUGCAUUUUCGAGAUCUGAAGACCUGUGCUUCCUUCAGUCCUGAGACCCUUGGCCCAGACAGCACAAAUGUCUACCAACUUUAACUCCUCCCUGUACCAUCCCAGCCACUGCCCAGGGGCGGCCAGGAGGGUGGAGCUCUGAGUCAGAGUAUAAGUUCCUGAUCUUACCAUCCAGCUGGAGAACCGCCACGAUGCUUCAGAGCCAGAUGCCUGCUUGGGUUUCCCACUCUCUGUCAGACCCAUGCCAAGGAGAAGAUGGCAGGUACUUGGCCUCCUGUGCCCUGAAGGAAGGGCCGUCUCCAUGCCAUCUGUUGACAGUGAGAAUCAUUGGCAUGAAAAAUGUCCGGCAGGCUGAUAUUCUGAGUCAGACAGACUGCUUUGUGACCCUCUGGCUGCCUACCGCCUCUCAGGAGAAGCUGAGGACCAGAACUAUCUCCAACUGCCUACACCCAGAGUGGGAUGAAAGCUUUACCUUCCAGAUCCAGACUCAAGUCAAGAACGUACUGGAGCUGAGUGUCUGUGAUGAAGACACAUUGACAGCAAAUGACCAUCUCCUGACAGUCCUCUAUGACCUUUCCAAGCUCUGCUUUCGGGACAAAACCCAUGUAAAGUUCCCACUCAACCCAGAGGGCAUGGAGGAGCUGGAGGUGGAGUUCCUGCUGGCUGAGAAUCCCUCCUCGCCAGAGACCCUCGUCACCAACGGCGUGCUGGUGGCUCGCCAAGUCUCUUGCCUGGAGGUCCACGCAGAAUCCAGGAGGCCAAAGAAGAGGAAGAAAAACAAACGCCUCCUGGUGUCGGUGACAGACUCGUUUGAGAAGACCCAGUGUGUCCCGCCCCACCUGGAGCCCUGCUGCCUCAGUCCUGCCCGCUUCCACUACCCUAAGUACUUCCAGCCCCAACUCCAUGUGGAGCCACCGAAGAGCCCCUGGAACUGCGGGCUUUGCUGCUGUGGCGCACACAGGGACGGCCCCGUCUGCCAGCCCCUCGACUGCCUUUCCGAUGGCCUGGCGGUAACCCUGCCUGUGGGAGAGAACUAUGAAUUACACAUGAAGUCUGUACCCUGCCCUGACUCGCUGGACGUGCGGCUUGGAUUCAGCCUGUGCCAGGAAGAGGUGGAGUUUCUGCAGAAGCGGAAGGUGGUGGUGGACAAGGCACUAAGUCAGGUGCUGCAACAGGACCUGCGUGAGGACGAGGUACCGAGGAUAGCCAUCAUGGCCACGGGCGGCGGCACAAGGUCUAUGGUCGCCAUGUAUGGCCACCUGCUGGGGCUUCAGAAGCUGAACCUUCUGGACUGUUCUACUUACAUCACUGGCUUGUCAGGUGCAACCUGGACUAUGGCUACCUUGUACAGUGAUCCUGACUGGUCCUCCAAAAACCUGGAGCCUUUCAUCUUUGAGGCCCGGAGACACGUUGUCAAAGACAAGAUGCCCGCCCUGUAUCCAGAUCAGCUCUGCAAAUGGCGAGAGGAACUCCGACAGCACCGCCAGGAGGGCUACAAGACCACGUUUACAGACUUUUGGGGCAAGCUGGUAGAGUACAGUUUGGGCGAUAAGAAAUAUGAAUGUAAACUGUCAGAGCAGCGUGCUGCUUUGUGCCAGGGACAGAACCCUCUGCCCAUCUACCUCACCAUCAAUGUCAAGGACGAUGUAAGCAACCAGGAUUUCAGAGAGUGGUUCGAGUUCUCCCCCUACGAGGUGGGCUUUCAGAAGUAUGGAGCCUUCAUCCCCACCGAGCUGUUUGGCUCCGAGUUCUUCAUGGGGCGGCUGAUGAAGAGGAUCCCUGAGCUUGAGAUGUGCUACCUGCUAGGCUUGUGGAGUAGCAUCUUUUCGCUGAACCUGCUUGACGCCUGGAAUUUGUCCCACACUUCAGAGGAGUUUUUCUACAGGUGGACAAGGGAAAGACUGCAUGAUAUUGAGGAUGACCCACUCCUGCCUGAAAUCCCUAGGUGUGAUAACAACCCCUUGGAAACCACAGUGGUGAUCCCAGCGUCGUGGUUGUCCAACACCUUCCGGGAAAUGCUCACGCACAGGCCCCUCGUGUCCGAGUUCCACAACUUCCUGUACGGGAUGCAACUGCACAGCGACUACCUUCAGGACAAACAGUUCUCUAAGUGGAGAGACACAGUACUGGACACCUUCCCAAAUCAGCUGACACAGUCUACAAAACACCUGAACCUUCUGGACACCGCAUUCUUUGUCAACUCCAGCUACGCACCCCUCCUCAGGCCAGAGAGAAAUAUCGACCUCAUCAUCCACCUCAAUUACUGUGCAGGAUCCCAGACAAAGCCGCUGAAACAAACCUGUGAGUAUUGCACCGCACAGAACAUCCCCUUCCCCAGCUACUCCAUCCAGGAUGAUGACAAAAGUCUCAAGGAGUGUUACCUGAUGGAGAACCCCCAGGAGCCCGAUGCCCCCAUUGUGGCUUACUUCCCACUCAUCAAUGACACCUUCCAGAAGUACAAGGCCCCAGGCGUGGAGCGAAGUCCCGAGGAGUUGGAACUGGGCCAGCUGAAUAUCUAUGGUGCAAAAUCUCCCUAUGCCACCAAGGAGCUGACGUAUACAGAGGCCGCCUUCGACAAGCUGGCGAAGCUCUCGGAGUAUAACAUCCUCAAUAACAAAGACAAGCUCCUUCAGGCCAUCAGACUGGCGGUGGAGAAGAAACGCAUGAGGAACCAGUGCCCCUCCUAGGCCUGGGGGGGCCCUAUCUGUCUUGUGUCUGCUUCUGUUGUCGGAAGCAUCACCCCUCAAAGCUGACCUCAUGCACAGCCCGCUGGCCAGGGGAGCAGGCAGCUGGGCAUGGGGUUUCUAGCAAAACAUUACAAGUGAACAAAGGAGAGAGAGGAGGGAAGCAAGGAGGAGUCUGUUGGGAGUUUCUCUCCACUUUCCAGCAGGCAAGUGUGGCUUGUGAAUGAAUGGCUGCAGAGAGCGGGUAGUUCCCAAGAGACCUUGUCCUUAGAGAUGGAGGCAGAAAUCCCCUAAGCCUCCCCUCCACUCCUCUUCCUUCUCCCAUGACCAACCUAGAGAAAUGCCCAAAGUUCUUACCCAAACAAGAACUGCUCUACGUUUCUCUGGAAAAAUGCUCUGUAAAUGUAAGGUGACUGUGUCCUCGGAAUUGUUGUCAUCAAUAGUAUUUUGUGAUUUAUUUUUAUUAUUUUUUUUUUCCUACGAUGAAGAGAGAGUUAGUAGAGAGCCUGGUCUCUGCCACAGCAAAGCCAAACAAGUGACUAACCCAUGUCUGGUGCCUCUUCAGCUACCAGAGCCAUGCGCUGGUGUGCAUGGGAGCCUGGCGGGGACCAGGUCUAAGCACCCAGGUCCAGCGAAAGCAGGCACUGCCUGCAAUGUAGCAGAAACUCACAAAAUGAGGAUUCAGGAUGCCAUCCACGGAGGCCUGGGCAGACUGUGGGCACCGGCUACAUGAAGCUGUCCAGUGCCAGACUCUCGGACAUUUCUCUGGCUUUCGGAUGGGGUUAUUUAUUUCUAAGUAUGAUUCACCUUAUUUAUCACAGAAACACCACAGCCAGUUUAUCUAAGUUCUUGUACAGUGACUCGGAGAACAAGGUUAGAACCAGGAAGGAUGGCCUCAGAACGGUGAAUUAGGACUCUGAGAAAGAUAUGUUUGGAAGAGAAUCUCCGGGAAGCCCUGAACACGGAGACAUCCAGAUUCCAGGCUUCACUAAAGGAUAGAAUGGAAACUCCAGGUGACUCCUCGGUGGGAAGAAUGGAUUUACCACACUCCCCAUUCACCUUGGGGGGCACGAGACUCCAUUUUGCCAUUGAUAAGCUGGGCUUCUGGGCCUUGUGAAGCUGGUUCCUACCCAAGGGAUGCUGAUGUGAGGUGGAUGUCUGUCACCCUUCUCUAGACCUCCUCUAGAGUAGCUGGCUGUUAUUUCUUUUCUUUCCUCCACACAGGGAGCAGGCUCUGAAUUAUCAGAGUGAGCCAGAAUAGGACCUGCAUUUUGCAAGGUGAAGGCAGCCAUGCCUUGGACUCGCCGUAGCAUGUGGGGUUUAUAAGAUCACUGUACUGUUUGAACACAGAAUAAAGUGGCCAUGGGGUGAAUGUUGAUUCAUCUGUUUUCAUUAUCUCCCGACCUCCAUCCUUGACCCUAACCCUCACCUCUGCCUUCAACCUCACAAUUCACUCCUCUGGUCUUUCUUCUCUGUAGCAGCUACUAGGAAUAUAGAGGACCCCUCUGUUCUCGGAGCUCUGUUGCCUCCUGCAGGAGUGGCCACUCCUUGUGGUGAGUACUCCUUGUCUCUAUGAAGGUGUCAUCAGCAAGCAGAAUACUCCCUGGGGCAGGCCAGGCUGCUUCCAGCCCGUGCGUUUGGCAGGAAGAACUGAGGGAAGCUGGAAGUCAGGCUGCCUCUGCAGUGAGCAAAUGCUUCUUGCACAGCAGGCUGGAAACCCAGGAACUCAGAUUUCGGUUGUGUCAGUAGUGAGACCCCCACACAGUCACUCUCAGCAUUCUGCAGAGUCCCCUGAAGCUUUUGGAACAUUGGUGAAGGCCAAACUGGGAUUCCUAGCUUCAACCCAGAAAGAAUUUCAGGAUGACCCGGGACUGUGAAGCACAGUUGGCAUUUUUUUAUUGAGGA